CACGCAAACACACACACACAAACACAGACACGCACACAGAUAUCAGGAAGUAAUCUGUUCCGUGCUGACUGUGCAGGGUGCUGUCUUGUAUGUAAGCAGAAGAGUGUGUACCGUACGUCAGUGUGUGCACGUCAGUGUGUGUGUCUGCCGACAACAGGUUGCAAGUAUGACCCUCUCACCUCAAAUUUAAGGAUCUCUCACCCCACUGGACAGACACAUGGACACACACCUACACGGACCAACACCAUGGGCUCAAGAUUAAAAGAAAACCCUGACAGGACCUUCUACUGGUUCUUUGAAGCAUCUUGUCCAAUCGCAAAUGACAAAGAUCCUGACGUGUUGUUUCAGUUUCCUGAAGACUUCAGUGAUGAGGAAUCCCGCCAGACCCUACCAAGGUUCUGCUUUCCCUAUGACAUAGAGAGAGUGAGAGAUGUGGUGCCAGUGCAACACUUCACCUUUGUGUUGACUGACUUGGAGGGAUGCCAACGCUUCGGCUUCUGUCGCCUCACCAGCAGCUCACACACCUGCCUCUGUAUGCUUAGCUACCUACCUUGGUUUGAGGUGUUUUACAAACUUCUGAACAACCUGGCUGACUAUCUGACCAAGGGACAGACCAAUGAGAUGCGAGAACUGCUGGGCGCCCUCUACACACAUCCCCUGCCAGUGGCUGUCGGCUCUGUCACUCUGCAGCUGGGAGAGAAGCUAUUGGUCAGGACAGAGAUGCCCCGCCCUCCUGGACAUGCCCCCCUCACCCCGGGGAAGGGGCAGGAAGGGGUCCCGUACUUCAUCGCUCCAGACCCCAGAGGACUCCCUUCCAUCCCUGAGAGUAGGAACCUGACAGAGUUGGUGGUAGCGGUAGAUGUGUCUAACCUCCUCCAGCUCUAUGCCAGUAUGUUGUUUGAGAGACGCAUCCUCAUCCUCUCCAGCAAACUCAGCACAUUGACAGCGUGUGUUCAUGCCCUCAGUGCUGUGCUCUACCCCAUGUACUGGCAACACAUCUUCAUACCUGUCCUGCCCCCACACCUACUGGACUACUGCUGUGCUCCGAUGCCCUUCCUCAUAGGAGUCCACUCCAGUCUGACAGAGAGAGUGAGAAGCCGGGGGUUAGAGGACGUGGUGAUUCUGAAUGUAGACACCAACACUAUAGAGUCUCCCUUCGAAGACCUGAAGAAGAUACCAGCAGAUGUGGUAUCAGGUCUGAAGUUGUGUCUGAAACGUCAGGCAGCGUCAGCAGGUGUGGGCGUGGCCAAGGCCUUCCUCAGGGCUCAGGCUCUGCUGUUUGGAGGAUAUGGAGACGCUCUGAAGGGAAACACGAAUGGUCAGAUCAUGUUCUGUGAGGAGGUUUUCCUGGACCACAGGUCUCCCAGUAUGAGACAGUUCCUACAGAGUGCUGUCCAUCUGCAGCUCUUCAAACAGUUUAUUGAUGGACGUCUGGAGCUGCUGAACAGAGGGAUAGAGCCAGACGACCUGUUUGAACAAGAGAUGCUACAGUGUGGAACAGCAGAAGCAGGAAGCACCAAAGCCUAUCAUCAACUGGUGGGCAACCUGAAGAAAGGGGGAGGAGCUCUCAUCCUUAACGUCAAGUCUAAGACUCACAUGUACAAGUCGGCCAAACGUGGCUUGAGGAACUUUCUAUCACCCAAGGAGCACGUUGAGAUUCUCUCCCUUAAGAGAGGAAACUCCGUGUCCGGAACACACACACACCGCCGCAAACAAUCAGAUUGCCUUCAGAGCCGUUUACCAAUCACACAACACUUUGGGAAGUCUCGUCCCCGUCGUCCAGUUAACAAACAAGGCUGUCUCCUUGACGACGAGAACACACAAGAGAACAGAGACACCUGGGAGGAAGACUGGCAGGACAGUGCUGUCUCAGGCCCCGUGGCAGACCCAGAGCUCCAGGAGGAGGAGGGGGGAGACUCAGGUAUGUGUGACCCAGAGGAGAUGGACCUCCUGGGGGAGAUCUUUGACACGCUGAGUGCCCGGAGCUCCCAUGACCGCGGCCUGCUCUACGGGACACGAAGUUUAGACCUGUUUGGACCUGAUACUACUGACUACAUCAGACAGAGGGGCCUGGCCACUCCCAGUCAGGAAAGUCUAGGCGUGUCCAUCGGUGGGAGUGGCAGUCUGCACAGCUGGAACCAGGAGGACGGGCUACAAUACAUGGGGGAGGGGCCAGAACAGACCGAUGAUUCUGAUGGGCUAGGAGAGGGACAGGCGUUGUCAGAGGAAGCAUCAGAAACACCUCAAGGGAGAAGAGAGGAUGGGAGGAGAGAGAAGGAGUGGAGAGAGGAGGGAAGGAGAGAGGAGGGAAGGAGAGAG